AUGGAUUCAAAAGUUGAAAAUGGAGGAGUGCAUGAUGAUCAAGGGUUUGGUUGGGGAAGUUCUAUACCUGUACCGAGUGUCCAAGAAAUAGUAAGGAAUGAUUCUCAAAGUGUUCCUGAAAGGUACAUACAAAACCAAGAAAACGGACCUCUGGAUUCUGAAAUAAGUUUAGUAUCAUCUGAAAUCCCAAUCAUAAAUUUCUCUAUGCUUGCUAAUGGAGAUGAAAAUGAACGAAAAAGAUUGGACUCCGCUUGCAAGGAGUGGGGUUUCUUUCAGAUAACAAAUCAUGGGGUGACGGACAAGGUGUUGCAUAAAAUGAAGGCUGCUGUGACAGUGUUUUUCGAUCUCCUUUUGAUAGAGAAAAAGAAGUACGCAAUGGCAACAAAUUGUCUUCAAGGAUAUGGGCAAGGCUAUGUAGUCUCAGAUCAGCAAAAACUUGAUUGGAAUGACCUGAUUUUCUUGUUGACAUUACCAACUAAGUUCAGGAAUAUGAAGCACUGGCCAACCACAAUAGCAGGUUUCAAAGAAGCAAUUGAAGAGUACUCCACAGAAAUGCAGAUAGUGACUAACAAGAUCUUUGCCAAUUUAUCAUUGUUAAUGGGCAUGGAAAGAGAGAGUCUAAAAGAGUAUCAUGGGGAGAUGAAACAAGCUAUGCGACUUAACUACUACCCGACUUGUUCAAGGCCUGAUUUAGUCAUGGGUGUUAGUCCACAUUUGGAUGCUAGCUCCAUAACCUUACUUCUGCAAGAUAAUGAGACCACUGGCCUCCAAAUUAAGCAUAAGGGAGGAUGGGUACCAGUAAAACCAAUUCCAAAUGCAAUAGUUGUGAACAUAGGCGAUGCAAUGGAGGCUUGGAGCAAUGGAAUGUAUAAAAGCAUUGAGCACAGAGCUGUUACAAAUGAGAAGGUGGCAAGAAUUUCUGUUGCAACCUUUGUUUUGCCAAACGAUGAAGUGGAAAUUGGUCCACUGGAAGCAGUGGUGAAUGAUUAUCACCCUAGACUGUACAAAACUGUUAAGUAUGUUGAUUACGUUAGAUACACUUUGGCUAGGAAAAUGGAUGGAAAAGCCCACACCCAUUAUCUGAAGACAGAUAAUAUGUAGUUAUUCAGUGUUUUAUGAUGUUGUUUACAGUUAUCUAUUUUACAGAAAUGUGUUGUGCCCUAUGACUCUACUGGAACGAUUGAAAUCCCUAUAUAUAUAUAUAGGAUAUUACCUAGUCUGGUCCCAUGAGAAUAUGAACUUGGUUUUUUUUUGUUUUUUUUUUUCGUUAAAAGUUGGCAUAUGAGUAAGAACAGAAUAGGCAAUGAGUUACUUAAAAUAAAUGACACAUUUUUGCAAGAUCCAAGUAGCAAUGUAGCAUGUGGUGAAUUAUUUUUCAUCAUUGAAAGAAAUAUUUUAGUGUUCUUUUAGAUAUUUCAGUUUUCACCUACAUUUCAGACAAGCAAAAUGGAUAACA